AUGCUGCUAGGCCUUUCCAAACGGAGGCUCUGCACGACUUCCUGUGCAUGUUUUUGGGUUUGCCCAUGGACAACUUUGGCCAUGCACAAACACAGCCAUCUCCUCUGGUACCGUUUCAGCAGCCAUCUCCUCUGGUAUCAUUUCAGCAAACAUUUACCAUCGUUGUCACUGAUUCGUCUUUGCGUGGCGAAUUUUGGCACUCACUUAUCACCCGAGAGAUCAAGAAAGCAAGGGGUUCGUGGCAUCCAUGAUGCAUUGAGAGUCAUGCACCUCGUGCCAGGGAAGGCAUAUAAUGGCAAGGAGGAAGGUCCAUCUCACCGCCGCCUUAUCAACGACUGUAUGCAUGACAUAAUGGGAGUUCAGCCAGAAAAUCGUGUUAUGCGUAAUGGAAAAGUGCAGUUUGUUGGCUCAAGCAAUAAUACAGAGCAAAUUUUACCCAAUACCGUUGAUUCUAAUGAUAUCUCUGCUUGUCCUUCCAUUAAUAAGCUCGCAAAGGGAAACAAGUUUAUGCUACUUGUGGAGCUGCAUAGGAGAGGAAUGAGUGCGGAUAUAUCUAUUCUAGCAUCUGCCAUGAGCUUUUGUGCUGUUAAGCAAUCCAUUAGGGGAGGUGUCCAGCUCCAUGCUCUACUGGUGAAAGUUGGUUAUGAAUUGUCAGUCCUUUCUGGCACCUCUCUAAUCAGCUUAUAUGCAAGAUGUUAUCAACUGGAGAAUGCUUGUCAGGUUUUUCAGAACAUGCCAGUUAAAAAUACCGUGUCGUGGACAGCACUCAUUUCUGGUUAUGCGCAGGAUAAUAAGGUUGAGCCUUGCCUCCAGGUGUUUCAGCUGAUGAGGCAGUCAGCGUGCAGGCCUAAUGACAUCACAUUUGCCACUAUCUUCAGUGUGUGCACUAACCACGCACUUCUUGCACUUGGUAAAAGUGUUCAUAGUCUAGAACUGAGAAUGGGUUUUGAUUUGUGUGUGCAUGUCUCAAAUGCACUGAUAUCAAUGUAUGCAAAGUGUGGGAGUAUAGAUGAGGCCCAGUCCAUAUUUGAGAGCAUUGCGUGCAAGGACCUGAUUUCUUGGAACUCCAUGAUAUUUGGAUAUUCACAGCAUGGCCUUGCUGAGCACUGCCUAAGCUUGCUAAAAGAAAUGGAGGAGGAGCACGUAGUGCCUGAUGCAAUCUCCUUCCUUGGCAUCCUGUCAUCAUGUCGGCAUGCAUGCCUUGUAGAGGAAGGCCGGCGCUGCUUCAAGGCAAUGAUCAGACUUGGAAUGGAACCAGAGUUAGAUCACUACUCGUGUAUGGUUGACCUCCUCGGCCGGGCAGGAUUGCUCGAUGAAGCAUGGGAUUUGAUCCAUACAAUGUCCACGUCCCCAAAUGCAGUCAUAUGGGGUUCUAUGCUGGCUGCCUGUAGGAUGCAUGGGAAUAUUCCGAUUGGCAUCCAUGCUGCAGAGCACCGUCUUAAGCUGGAGCCAGGUUGUGCUGCAACUCAUGUACAGCUAGCAAAUCUAUAUGCUAGCAUUGAUUGCUGGAGUGAUGUGGCCAGAGUGAGGAUGAUGAUGAAGGAGAGAGGACUGAAGACGAACACUGGGUGCAGCUGGAUAGAAAUUGGCAAUAAGGUUUAUACCUUCACAGCAGAAGACAGAUCAAAGAGCCAACAAGUAAAUCAUGUCUUGGCUGUUCUUGACUGCUUGCGCUCUCAUAUGGAAUACAAGUAUGAUCUGCUGAUAGAUGGUCUUGAGUUUGAUGAGCCUGAAUAUUUCAAGGUUUCAUUAGUGAUUAGUACAAACCAUGCGGGGACUUUAGAUGUAAAUUGGAGUCAAAAUAUGAGAAAGGCUGGCUUGAUUGACUAA